ACGAGGCGUUGCCUGGCAAUUUCGAACAUCCUACGAGGUUUAUCGUUCUUGCCGGGUAAUGAAGAUAUGAUGGCUCAGCAUGCCGGGCUUCUGUACAUCGUCGGCCGAUUGUUACGGUUGUACACGGAUGAGAUGGUGUCAAAACUGGCCGAACGAUCACUUGCCAAACAUAUAACACAGCUUCAGGAGAGUAUGCCGUUGCCACUGGAGCCUGGAGCUGUGUCAGAAGCGACACGCAGAUUUAUGCUGCCCGGCGAUUUGCUUGAGCCCGAUGAUGACGAUGCGCUGUUGCUGUUUGAAACAGCAAAUCAGUUGCGGGAGGAUGCAUUCGUUAUCAUGGCCCAUAUCAGUGUACAGUUGGACGCGAUCGACCUUGAUUCGGAUGUUGCGUGGCCAUUAUUCGACUCGCUGAUUCAUUGGAAUUAUGCGUUGGAAACAUUAUGCAAAAUGUCGGUGAUUGAACACAAUGUGGAUCUUUUGCUCUCUACCGGCCCGUGGUCACGAUUCGAAAAAUUCGUCAAAAUACUAGUUGAACUGCUUGCACUGAGUGAAGAUAUACCAAGCAGGGAAUUUGCAAUCGUGAUCCUACACGCAUUGUGCUCGGCAUCCGAUCAGGUCUGUUACGUGGUAGCAGCGGAAUCACCAGCGAUUGACAAUUUGGUUGCAUUCCUAGAAAUGGGUGAUGCUAAUAUGCACCAAAUUGCGCAACAGCACGGUAUCCAAGCGCUUCGGGAAAAUCCAGAAGUGAUGGGAACAUCGGUUCCAAUGUUGAGGCGCUCCGCAUCAAUACUGCAGCAGCUAUGCAGGAUGGACUCAAAAGUUGGUCAAAUAAUAACGGAAGUACUGUUCGCAAUGCAGCUUGCUGAACAGUCAGAAGCAGAAAGCAGCAGCAAAAGCAGUAAUAACAAGAAUGCGGAAAAGGAGAAGCAGAGCAUUCAGGAAGAAGCUUCUUCGGAACAAAAAAGUGCUGAUACCGCUCAAAAAUCGAGCGAAAAAACCAACGGUGAUACCACACCUUCCAAAGGAGACUCACAGGGCAGCACUGAUACAGUGGAGCAGCCACAAAAUACACGAAAACGCCCAGCUGCCCAUAAUGGCGUCCCAAAAGGUAUGGUUUAUUCAUUUGCUCCACUUAGCUGCUAA